AUGACUCAAACGUUUCCAAAUUGUUCGAGUAUCGAAGUUAUUCAACUGAUAAUAAAUGACAUUCCUCCUUUAAUAAAUGGAAAAGCGUGGGUGAAGGCACUCGCGUUCACACCGACAGAGAUCAAAUUUACGUACCAAGUUCAGCCAAACAGCCGAAUCCUUGAGGCGGUGGAUCCCGAAAAGCUUUUAAUCGCUGAUUUCCGGAAUUUAUAUUUUGAAGAUCAACAACAUUCGUCAACCUAUAUCACCAAAAUUCUUACCGAAGGCAUCCUCAUCAACGAAAAACGUUAUAAUUACCUCGGACAAAGUAAUAAUCAAAUGAAACAGCAUAAAUGUCUAUUGCUUCAGGCGGAGCAUCAAGAGAUCCAACAAUUCCUCAAUAAAUUCGGUGACUGGUCCAGCUUUACUAGCGUCAGCAAGUUAUCCAAAAGAAUAGGUCUAUUGUUUUCAACUGGUGAAAAGGUGUUUGAUUUACCCUCCGAAAAUUACAAAGUAAUUGAUGACGUGGAAAGAAACGGCUUAUGCUUUACUGAUGGGUGUGGCCUCGCUUCUAAAGCCAUCAUUAUAGAAGUGGUGAAAAAGAUGAACCUGAAAUUUCGUGAAAAACGCUAUCCAAGCGUCAUUCAGAUCCGUUAUCAAGGGUUCAAGGGAAUAUUAUUGUACGAGAAAGAUUUAAGAGGUAUGACGUGUCAUUUUCGAAAAUCAAUGCACAAAUUCACUUGCAACGGUCCAAAUGAUUUUUAUGUCGUGGAUUAUUCCAAACCGUACACGUUCGGACGACUUAACACUCAAAUAGUCAUGCUUCUAUCUUCUCUUGGAGUUCCCGAUGAUGCAUUCUUGCAUAAACAGGUCCAGUACUUUUCCCGUUUGGAUUCAAUGUUUACGGAAUUGUCCAUCGCACUUGAAGAUAUCUUGAACGCGGAGAAUGUUGCUCUCGCGUGCGACCUAAUCGAAAACGGUUUUACGGAAAAAGUACUUCAAUACGUAAAUAAAUUGUACAAGCACGAGAUGGGAACCUCCUUGAAGGUCAAGAAAGGUCGUCUCGGUGCCGUUGAAUCGGAAAAAUUACGAAUCUUAGUGAAGGAUUCCCGAAUUGCGUUCGUGGCCUCGGAUCCUACUAAUAAGUUGCAGAAGAACCAGUGCUUCUUUAGACCAACCAUUCGAAACCAACCGAAAACCAUUGUCGGGCCUAUUUUUUGCGUUCGCAAUCCAUGUUAUCAUCCCGGUGAUAUAUUGGUCCUACAGGCGGUGAAUCUUCCUGAAUGUGAGCAGAUUGUCGAUGUACUGUUGUUUUCCGUGAACGGAGAAGUUCCCACUGCCCACCGAUCUGCUGGGGGUGAUCUAGAUGGUGACAAGUUUUUUGUAUGUUGGGAUCCGGAACUCAUGCCUCGGGAGACCGUUGAAUCGUACGAUUAUCCUGGACACGAGGAAAUCGCCUGUCAAAACAUCGAACGAACCGACUUAAUCAGGAAUUUUGCUAGCUAUUCCAACGUUGGCAUCGCUCAAUGUGUUGAAUUAUUUAUGAAAUGGGCUGACGCAAAAGGACCUCGAUGCGAGGAAUGCGUCCAAAUCAAUGAAUUUUUUUCACAUGCCGUAGAUGGGCAACCUGUAAAGAUCCCUGAUUUUCUGGCAUUGCCUCCCGAAGUUGAUAUUCAAGUUAGAAAAGAUCGAAUAUGGAAUAAGCUCGUUACUAUAGCGGAGGAGAGACGAGCAAGCAAAUUGGCAAAUAAAACAAAUCUAGCUAUUCAAGCUGAAGAUCCACAAAAAAAAAUGAAUAAUUGA